GUGAUAAGUGUGAGAAAUUGAAACUCUUUGCGCUCUUUAAGAGGGUGCAGCAGGAGCAGCCUUGUGGCACAGUUCGUUUGGAUAGUCGAGAAACAAGGAGAAAGUUUCCCAGAGGGACAUCUGAAAUUGGACAGCAGCCGUUGUGCCAACUGAAAAAUAUUCAGGAUGAAACGGUGGGCUUGGUUUUGCCUGGUUUACGCAGCGGCUGUGAUUGCGCAUUGGGAGAAAGAUUCGAUGCUGGAUGGGCAUUGGGAGCUUUGGAAGAAAAAAUACAACAAAGAAUACCAAAAUAAGGAAGAGGAAGGAGUCCGCCGCGUGAUUUGGGAAAAGAAUCUGCGGUUCGUCAUGUUGCACAACCUCGAACAGUCUCUGGGGCUGCAUUCUUACGAGCUUGGCAUGAAUCAUUUGGGAGACAUGACCAGCGAGGAGGUGACUGCUUUGAUGACGGGGCUGAAAAUCCCUGUCUCCCAGAGCAGGAAUUCUACCUUGUAUUGGGCAAGGCAAGGUGCCAGUGCUCCAGAUACUGUGGACUGGAGAGAGAAAGGAUGUGUCACAAACGUGAAGAACCAGGGUUCUUGUGGGUCUUGUUGGGCCUUCAGCGCCGUGGGGGCCUUGGAGUGCCAACUGAAGCUCAAAACAGGGAACCUGGUCUCCCUCAGUCCGCAGAACCUGGUGGACUGCUCCUCUGCAUUUGGGAACCACGGGUGUAACGGUGGCUACAUUUCUGCUGCUUUCCAAUAUGUCAUCUAUAAUAAUGGGAUUGAUUCAGAAGCUUCCUAUCCAUACACGGGUCAGAGCGGAACGUGCCGCUACAACCUGCAGGGAAGGGCGGCAACCUGUUCUAGAUAUGUGGACCUUCCAUCUGGAAACGAAGCUGCCCUGAAGGAUGCUGUGGCCAACUUUGGCCCUGUAUCAGUUGCUAUAGAUGCAAGCCGACCUUCCUUCUUCCUUUUUAGGAAAGGUGUAUACGAUGAUCCAAGCUGCACUUCUGCACAUAUAAAUCAUGGAGUCCUUGUUGUUGGGUAUGGAACAGAAGACGGCAUAGAUUAUUGGCUUGUGAAGAACAGCUGGGGCGUCUCUUUCGGCGACCAGGGCUACAUUAAGAUUGCAAGGAACCAUGACAAUCGCUGCGGCAUCGCUAGCCAGUGCACCUAUCCGCUAAUGUAGAGUGGAAAUCUGGUUGGAAAUGGCCCAUUAGGCCCCUAAUCUUGGGCUUCUUCAACAAGGAGGAAUGAUUGGUCUCCGAGGACAUCAAACCUUCCUGUGGGCUCCACCGGGUAGAUCUGAGAAAAAGCAGGCCAAAUGAUGUUUUAUCUUGGUUUAGCGCGGUAUUUCCUCGCCAUCCCACGAGAGCCAUGAGGCUUAAACCGUUAAUAAUGUAAUGUCUGUACUUCGGGGCUUUGAACAAAUCCAGUUUUAUGCACCAUCGCUGUCGCCACCUCUGAGUUCCUUGGAAAUUAAAGUCGAAUUGGAUUCAA